GCCCCUGGCACGGCCAGCAUUCGCCGCGAGGGCCAUAAGAGGCGCACCCUGCCGGCGCAGAUCCGCAUCGCAUCCCACCUCCACGCUCUCCACCUCGUCCCGGACACCCACGCCUCCGCCUCGCUCCGCCUUCACAAGUCCUGUCUUCUUGCUCCCCGCUGCAUCCGCAGCCAUGCGUGUCCUCUUCCUCGUCACGGCGCACAACUCGCUCUCGCAGCGCCUGGCACUGGCACUGCAGGCGCGCGGGCAUGCCGUCACCGUCGAGCUGGCCCUGUCGCCGGCCCUCAUGGUCGAGGCGGCCGAGCUGGCACGCCCAGACGUCAUCCUCUGCCCGUUCCUCACCAAGCGCGUGCCGGCCGAGAUCUACGCCAACCAUCUGACGCUUAUCGUGCAUCCCGGCGCACCCGGUGAUGCUGGCCCGUCGGCCAUCGACAUGGCCCUCUUCGGCGACCAGGGCGAGCACGAGGACUGGGAGACGCAGCUGCAGCUCAUCAACGAGCGGCACGGCGCGCCUGGCGCCAGCGCCUCGCGCCGCUCCCACUGGGCCAUCACGGUGCUGCAGGCCAUCGAGGCGCUCGACGCCGGCCCAAUCGUCGCCUUCGAGCAGUUUGAGCUCGACGCCGAGACGGCCGCACUCACCAAGAGCGACUUCUACCGCGGACCCGUCAGCCGUGCCGUCGUCAGCGCCGUGCUGUGCGCACUUGAGCGGUUGCUUGCCGCAUGCCCUACGCUACCGCUGCCCGUCGAGCUUCCCACAUCCCUCACCGAUGCCGCGCGCACGGCGUGCGUCUCGCGUGGCCUGCCGUUUCAGGGCGGCGCGACGCACGAGCGGCCGCUGCUCAAGGCUUCGGCACGCGACUUCUCCGGCUUGGCCUCCGGCUCGACGCUGAGCGCAGCAGCGCUCGUGCAGCGCAUCAACAGCGCCGACAGCCAGCCGGGUGUGCAGACUGCGCUGCUGGGCGGCCAGUCGCUCUUCAUCUACGGCGCGCAUGUGCAGACUGCACCGCUCUGCCCCUCCGCCGCCGCUCGCGCAGAGCACUCGCACCGCGGCAAGGUACUUGCGACCCGCAGCGGCGCCGUCCUCGUUGACUGCGGCGCCGAGCACCCCAUCUGGCUCACCCACCUGCGCCGGCCAAAGGCCAAGACGGACACCUACCUGCACGCCAAGCUGCCGGCACUGCAGUGCAUCGAGAGCAUCUCCGGUCUCGCUGAGCGUCUCGAGCUCGCACACGUCGAGGAGUGGGCUGCGCCGCGCGACGAGGCCGACUGGCAGCGCGCCGAGGGCACGUACCAGCAAGUCUGGGUCGAGCUGGAGCAGGUGGACGAGUCCACAGUCGCAUACGUCCACUUCGACUUCUACAACGGCGCCUGCGCCACAGAGCAGUGCCGCGAGCUCGAGGCGGCACUGCAGUGGGCGCUGGUGCAGCGCAUCUCGGCCGUCGUGCUGCUCGGCGGGCCGGGCUACUUCAGCAACGGCAUUGCGCUCAACGUCAUCGAGGGCUCUGCCGACCCUGCCGCCGAGAGCUGGGCCAACAUCAACGCCAUCGACGAUGUGAUGCAGCGCAUCCUCGCGCCGCACAACGUGCUCACCAUCGCUGCGCUGCGUGGCAAUGCAGCCGCCGGUGGCCUGGCACUCGCUACUGCCGCCGAUGUAGUGCUCUGCUCGGCCUCCGCCACGCUGAACCCGCACUACCGCGGCGUGGGCCUUUUCGGCUCCGAGUAUCACACGUUCAGCUGGACGGCGCGCUGCGGCGCCCAGAAGGCUCGUGAGCUGGCGCGCAACAUGAUGCCGAUGAGCCCGACGCAGGCGCUCGAGUGUGGCAUGGUCGACCACAUCGUCGGCACCGGCGCUGAGGGACCUGCGGCACUGCUGGCGCUCAUCAAGCAGGACGUCGCUCGCCUCGUCUUGGCCACCGUCGGCGACGCGGCUACCGACGCCACAGGUUUGCUCAGCUGUGGCGCUCGCUGGACCAAGCCGUUUGCGCCGGCUGCGCUUGGCUUCGACUCGAGCGUGCCGGCCGCUACGCCGAUCAUGCAGCAGAUGCUCGACGCCAAGCAUGCCUACCUCAGCCUGCUCUUCGCCUCUCGCGCAGGCCGCUCUGGCACGCCUCUCUCCUUCGCCGCCGGCUUCGCGGCCUUCCGCACGGCCGAGCUGGAGCAGAUGCGCCUGGACAUGUUCCACCCCGUGCGCUCGCAGCGCUACCACUCGCGCCGCGUGGCGUUCGUGCGCAAGCUCGUGCCCGCCAGCACGCCGACGCGAUUUGCGCUGCACAGGCGCUUCGGAGCCGACUGGGCUGCUCCUAUGCACGCCGAGGCAGCACUCGAUCUCGAGGAGACAAACGCAUUCGAUAGUCUCGGCGACGUGCCCGACUCGGCAGCCGUCACGCGCAUGCCGCCGUACAAGCCCCAGGCGUUCGACGGCAUGUCGCGCUCCGAGAGUGGCGCCACCAUGUCGACGAUGCAGAGUCUUGUCAGCGCAUUGGCCGACACGGCCACGCCUGCCUCUACGGCUCCUCCCUCGCCGCAGCAGCAGCCGCGCAAGAGCCGCAUGAGCGUCGUCUCGACGGACUUGCUCGAGGAGCGCGAGCUCGAGGACCAGGCUACGCAGCUGGCUCGCGCUGCGCCCGGCCUCGGCCUCGUCGCCGGCACCGAGUCGCCCGCUCGUCGCGGCUCUGGCCCGAGCAUCUCGUUUGGUGAGACCGCCGUGUCUCCCUCGCCUGCGCGUGCCAGCGUCGCUUCGGCCGCUUCUCCCUCGCGCGGCACGGUGCGCCGCACCGGCAGCGCCACGAGCUUCGGCCUCACUCUGCGUCGUGCUGUCACGCCCUCGUCUUCCGAGGCGGGGCCGAGCCCGACCAAGGCCAGCGGCGCCGGCCGGCUCUCGCGCAUCUUCACUAGCAUCGGCCGCAGCAGUGGCAGCGGCAACAAGAACCGGCAGAGCCUGCACGCCCACCAGAUGCCGGCUCUUGUCGUCGCUGCGCCGCCGCUGCCGCGCCAGGAGGCCACUCUGCCCGAGCUCGAGGAAAAGGCGCCGCCGACGCCCACCAAGGACAGCGCGCCGGCGCCGCAGCCGGUGUCGCUGUACCCGUGCUACUACGAGAGCGACGACGUGACAGCUUGUGCGGCGCGCACUGCUGCCCCUGCAGCCGUUGCGGCGUAGACACAGCGGCGUCGAGUCCUCACCUUACCUUGCCUCCUUCGCUCGCUCCUCGUUCCUGUCCAACCCGACCCGCUUCGUCACGCCUGUCCCGCCCUGUCCCUCAGCCGCGCAGCCCGUGCUCGCCGCAGCCCCACCCUCUUUCGCCACACGCCUGCUGUAUUUCUACCGGUCACUCUGCCGCGGCACAAAGCUCGUUGUUUCUUGACGUUGAGCUUGACGCAGGACAGAUUGCUGCGGUGGUGCGGAAAGUGACG